AGUCUUUUCGUGAUUCUUAAGCUUGUUAAACCGAAAAUGAAGUCCUUGGUUAUAUUGUUUGCCUUAUUCUGCAGUGCUUUUGGCUUUGUUGAAUUCGAUCAUCCAUGUCGUGAUACUGUUCCAGCCAAAGAGAACUUCUCGCCAGCAUUUUUCACUGGAAUCUGGUUUGAAGUUUUACACAGUCUUAAUGGAGAAGAUGCUGACAUGGUUCAAUGCAUUGAUCAUCAUUAUACACGUAGAGGAUUACAACAAGUAUUUGACGUUGAAAGAACUGGAAUUUUCAGAGGAACUCGCAUGGCCGAAAAUAGCAUCGUUAGAGUUGCUUUCCCUGAUGAAAGUCCAAUGAGAGCCUUACUUAAUGGAACUGUUGAACGUGUUACUGGUGGAAGCAUUGAAUAUUUCUAUAGAAUCCAUGCUUCCGACUACACAAACUACGCAAUCAUCUGGUCAUGCACUGAAUUACCAAACAGCAGAUCAAGAGAAGAAAUUUCUGUUUUAGGACGUAGCAUAUCCCUUAGUGAAUCAGUUUACAUCAAAGUUGGAGCUUUACUUGAAGACAUUGGCCUGCAAGAUCAUCUUUUCAGAUACAUUCUUCACUCACCAGAAGCCUGUGGCUUGGUUUUGUAAAAUGAUUAAUGCUGAAGAAAAGUUGAGAUGAAACUAAUGACGAAAAUGUGU